CUCUGGCAUAAUAUUCUGCAAUGGCUGGCUUACGGGUUCCGGACUUUUGGACUCCCGGCUGCAGGAGACCCUGGAAGGAGCUGCUGGCGGGAAGGGUCAAGCGGCAAAAACAUAAUCCUGAACGUGAACAGAAGUUAAAGGAAUCAGCUGUGCAGCUCCUGAGACGCCACCAGAACUUGGAAGACCUUCUGCUUGAGGUAGAAGAUCCACCUUGUAAGAAACUGUGUCUCACUUGGUUGAUUGAUUGUGACAGUGCUGAGGCCUGCAGUGAUCUUUCCAGUUCCUUUAUAGGCUCUGCCUUGCGGGAUCAAGCCUUAAGGCUGGGGAUUCCUGUGGCCAUCCUGGCAGCCAAGAUAGUGGCCUGCAGCGUGAAGCAGGUGUGUUCGAAGCCCGGCCACCCUGUUCUGCUCAGCUUGGAGCAGAGGAAAAAACUGUCUUCCCUGUUAGAUGUUGCUCAGUAUUUAUUGGCACAUAGUAUGUUCUCCCGCCUCUCCUUCUGUCAAGAAUUAUGGAGUGUGCAGAGCUCUUUGCUGCUGGAAGCUGUGUGGCGUCUGCAUGUGCACAGCAUUGUCAGCCUGUGGGAGCUGCUGGAGAGCCAUCCUGAUGUGCAGGCUGUGACGGCGUGGCUUUUUGGGAACCUGCACCUGCUGUGUGAGCAGUUGGAAACAUCCUGUCCGUCUGACGACACCACCAGGGCUAUGCUUUCUGAUUUUGUGCAGCUGUUGGUUUUGAGGGCAUUUCAGGACAACUCGGAUCUGGGAAGAACCAUGGAGCCUGAAAAGAUGCCUCAGGUUGCCCUGAGUGUGCUGCAAAGAAUGCUGAGCUCUGUGCUGGACUCCUUGGCUGCUGGUCUUCAGGAGGAGUCUCCAGCUCACAAGGCGGUGAGGUCCUGGUUGGAUAUGUUCAGUGCACACGUGUGUUUUGUGAUUGCACCAGAUCCUCUGAAAAAGUUCUUCCGUCACACACUGGUCCAGACUCUCACGCACAGCCCUGUGCUGAAAGUGUCAGAUGCCAUCCAGAUGCAGAGAGAGUGGAGCUUUGCGAGAACACACCCACUGCUCACCUCUCUCUAUCGCCAGCUCUUCAUGAUGCUGAGCCCUGAGGAGGCUGUUAGCUGUCUGCAGGAAGUUCUGGAGGAGCAGGAGGUCAACUGGCAGCGUGUGCUGUCCUGCGUGUCUGUGCUGGUCAUCUGCUUCCCUGAGGCACAGCAGCUGGUGAGAGAUUGGGUGGCCCGACUGAUGGCUGGUGCCUUUGAGAGCUUCCACCUAGACAGCAUGGUCACUGCAUUCCUGAUUGUGCGCCAAGCUGCACUGGAGGGCCCUGCCGUGUUUCCAUCCUAUGCAGAGUGGUUCAAGGCCUCCUUUGGGAGCUCGAGUGGUUACCACAGCUGCAGCAAGAAGGCCUUGGUCUUCCUCUUCAAGUUCCUGUCCGACCUCGUGCCCUGGGAGGCCCCCCGGUACCUGCAGGUACACAUUCUCCACCCGCCAUUGGUCCCGAGCAAGUAUCGCUGCCUCCUUGGUGACUAUGUCUCGCUGGCUAGGACACGGCUGACUGACCUCAAGGUUUCCUUGGAGAACAUGGGACUGUAUGAGGAUGCAACCUUGAGUGGAGACAUUGUAGAGCCCCGCAGCCAGGCGGCCCAGGAUGUAGAGAAGGCCAUCUCGAUGUUUGAACACACAAGGAAAGUCCCAGUCCCCGUCCUGGAGGCCAGCAUAUUCAGGAGGCCCUACUAUGUGUCCCACUUCCUCCCUGCUCUGCUCACGCCACGUGUGCUUCCCGAGGUUCCUGAUGCACGGGCGCUGUUCGUCGAGUCUCUGAGGAGGGCAGACAAAAUCCCCCCGUCUAUGUACGCUGCCUACUGCCAAGCCUGUGCCACUGCUGAGGAGGAAAAGCCGGAAAGUGCAGAGCCAGGAAUGAGGACAGAGCCCAGCUGUGUGGAAGAGGCCCUGGGGCCACUUAGGACUGCACUAGAACAGCUCAGAGCCUUGAUGACCGACCCUACACAGUACGCCGCUCUGUCUGCUCAGAUGGCUGUGGUUGCUGAAAAGCUUGAUGUUGUCUUGGGUCGCAGGAGGGAUGAAGUCUGUUCUGAGGAAAUGAAGAUUCAGCUCAGCUCCCUUGCCCCAGAUGUCCCUCGGCAAUACCAGGUGGUUGUGGAUCUGUUGCUGACGGCUUUCUGUCAGGACCUGAUAGUAGCCUGCAGCUUUGUUCCCCCAGAGAGGCAGGGCCCCUGGGCCACACUCUUUGUGAGGACCUUAUGUGCUCGUACGCUGUUGCCUGCUGUUCUUGCCCGGCUCUGCCAACUGCUGCGUCAUCAGGGUCCACGCCUGAGUGCCCCACAUGUCCUGGGCUUGGCUGCCCUGACUGUCCACCUGGGGGAGACCAGGGCCACACUCCCAGAGGUGAACACAGGCUCUGCUGCAGCCACCCACAGCCUUCCUGUCCCUGAGUUCCUCCAUCGCCUCCUGUCCUGCCACGCCGGGGAGUCUGCCCUCUUCUGCCUAAAGUUCUGCACGGCAGCGAUCAGCUACUCUUGGUGUAAGUUCUCCCCUCAACCCCAGGGAGCCCUGCGCAGCUGUUUAUCUCCAGGCCUUAUCAAAAAGUUUCAGUUUGCUGUAUUCAGAUCAGUUUCAGAGGCCCGAGAGCCUCGCCCUACGGAGAACGAGGCUGGCCCUCCCUGGAGACCCUCGUGCCUUCUUUCUGCAGACUGGCAGAGCGCUGCACUUGCUCUGUGGCGACAGAGCAGCUUCCAGGAGCUGCUGGAAGAGCCAGAGUUUCAGUUGACUUACAGAGACUGGCUUCAGCUAGAACUAGAAAUUGCUCCUGGAGCUGAUCCUCUGUCAGACACAGAAAGGCAGGACUUCCACCAGUGGGCGAUCCAUGAGCACUUCCUCCCUGCGCCCUUGGCUUCAGGGGGCUGCGGUGGGGACCUGGAGGUGGCGUGCACAGUUCUCAUCGAUGUGCUGAUGGACUUCUACCAAAGCCCGAGGAGCUGUGACCCCACAGAGAGCCCCAACUGGCCCCACGGUGGCCACAAAGGCAACGUGGAUCUCUUCUGCAGGCUGCAGGAGAUGGCUGCUGACCUCGAACUCAGCUAUCCUGUCUCUCAGGAACACUUUGUCUUCAGGGUGUUCCGCAGACGGCUCAAGGACCUGGCAAGUGGGAGACUUGUGGCCACCAGCCUCUGGAGACAGCAGGAGGUCUUCAUGUGCAAACGGGUGCUUCUCCACCUGCCUCCUUCUGUUCUCCUCGGCAACAUGCAGGCUGAGGAGCCUGCCGCACCCAGCUGUGAGGAGUUCUUCCACCUGGUCAACUCAGAGCUGAGAAACUUCUGCAACCAUGGUGGCACCCUGAGCCUGACCCACGACAUCACCAUCCACUUCUUUAGGGGGCUCCUGAAUGCCUGCUCGCACAGCCUGGAUGCCUCCCUGACUGCCAAUCUCACCCUGGCCCAGUGCCAGGCCAGAUGCCCUCUGAUCGUGACCUCAGCAUUGUCGUGGUGGUCAAGCCUGGAAUCAGUGCUGUGUGGUCAUUGGCAAAAGUUCAGCCAGGUCGGGCUCCCGCAUGAACUGCAGAGGCUGCAGGAGGCUCAGCAGUUUGCCCACAGCUUCCUCUCCCUGGACAUGACUUCUCCUGCCCCGACUCCAGCCUGGGUCUCUGCUGCUGCGCUGCACUUUGCAGUCCAACGAGUCAGGAGGGAUGACGUGAGGAGACUGCUGAAUAAGCUGGACUUCGAGAGAGAGGAGCUCUUGGCUCCCUUCUUCUUCUUCUCCUUGCUCAGUCUGCUGUCAUCACACCUGAUCCCAAGUGCCACAGCUGACUCUCUAAAGGCUAUGGAGGUCUGCGCGGAGGUCCUUGCAUGUCUGCAGAGGAGGAAGCUACCCUGGCUGAGGCUUUUCCAGCUAACUGAAGCAGAUGCUGGGCUGGGUCAUCUCCUCCGCUUGGCCCCGGAUCAACAUACCAGACUGCUGCCCUUUGCCUUCUACAGGCUCCUCCCCCACUUUGAUAAGGCUGCUACUGUCAGGGAAGAAGGCUUCCUGCAUGUUGCUGUCGACAUGUACCUCCAGCUGGUCCAGCUCUUCAUGGAAGGGGAGAAUACCACAGUGUCAGCACUGACUGGCAGAAGCCCACAGCUGCAAGGCCAGCCUUGGCCACAGGGUAGCCCUGUAGAAUUGAUAACAGAAGCACGCCUCUUUCUGCUCCAGUUAAUACGUCGGUGCCCACAAAAGUGUUUCUCAGGCAUAGUGGAGCUGCUGGCUGGCCGUGCAGACUGCGACCCCGAGCUGACCAGUGCCCUCCUGCAUAGGCACCAGGCUGUGACUGAUGUGGACCUGUACCAAGAACCACAUCUCUUCUGACUGGAUCCCUCUCAGUACACCAGCCUGCCUCCUUCGUAAAUAAUUUAUUACAAGCAUCACAGGAGUUCCUAUUGCACUAGAAAGUG